UUAGUUGUUUGGAAAGAGGUCAAUCUUGCUAAGCUGAAUGAAAAACAGAGACGUGACUCCCAAAGUGAAAUUGACAUAUUGGCCUUAUUAAAUCAUGCUAAUAUUAUUAGCUACUACAACCAUUUCAUAGAUGAAGACAUGCUUUUCAUUGAAAUGGAAUAUGCUAAUGGUAAGAUAUGUAUUUUUAGGGAGGACUCAGCUAAUUAAAUCUUUUUAAUGAGAAAAUGAGACAUCACUUCUCGUAUCGAGAAUAUUAAUGACCUGAUUAUUUAUAUUUUUUCUUACAAGUUAUCAUUAUUUACAUUUUAACAUAAUAUUUAUUUAUAAAUUUCUAGACAUUCAGAAUUAAUUUAACAGAUGUUGUAGACAGCUUUUAAAUGUACACCUUUGCAAAUGAAUGUAUUUUUUAAAUUCUGAAUACUUAGGUGCAGGUUAUAAACCAUUGCCAAAAGGCGAAGAAAAUAGACAAAUUGUGUAAAAUUAAAAUUGUGUGAAUUCAUAAAUGAAGCACAAAAUAGUUAUAACCUAGUGAAUGAACAGACAGCUAAAAAGUUCAAUUCUGGUCUGUUAAUUAAUUCACUGCCUGGUUCUUGACAGCAUAUUUGCACUUUGAACAUAUUUUUAGAUGAGCUAAAAAGUUAAAUUCUGCAUCUUUAGUUCAAUAUCAAAAGAGAAAUAAAGGUUAUUUUUGUCUAAAUAUUAUUGAAACACCUGCAGAAUAAGCAGUUGGGAAUAAUUUGCUUUCUCUGCUUUCCCAAGGUGGAACUCUCUAUGAAAAAAUUGUGAGCAGUACUAAACUGUGGCUUGAAAAAGUAAGAUAUGGAUACCUGUAAAUACUUUAGGAAAAGUAAAGAUGUUACUCACAAGUUCAUUAUCCCAUGUGGAAAGAUGUGUUAGAGUAAUAUUUCCAUCUUAGUUAGGUGGCUAAUUAGUUAAGUUUUUUAAAACUUUUUGAUGCAUUAGUAAAAAAAAUUCUUUUAAAAAAAGGCUUCUUUUACUUUCAAUGACAUUUGAUAUCUUUGAUAUUUAAGGAUGUGCUAUGGUAUUUGUAUCAAAUGACAUCUGCUCUGGGUUACAUUCACCAAUAUGGCAUUAUUCACAGGUAAACCAUACUUACUUUAUUGUAGGCCUUUAUACAAUUUUUGAGUUGACAUUUGAAAUGACAAAAGGAUGAUUUGAUUUUCUUAACCGUGAGAAAUGUAAUUUACUUGACCAAAGUGUUUUUACAAAUUACGAGUGCAAAAUUAUCUAUAUAAAAGCAUAUUUUUUAUUUUUCUUGGAUAGCUAAAUCUCUAUUGUGUGCUGAUUACUUUAUUGUGUGUUUGAUUUAACACAUUCACACCUUAUAAAGAACAUAAAUUGAAUUCAGCAUCAAGCAGAAAUGAACUAAUUUAAUUUUAAUUACAGGGACAUCAAGACAUUAAACAUAUUUCUUACUAAAGUGGGACUUGUUAAACUUGGAGAUUUCGGUAUCUCCAGAUUUUUAGAAUCCAGCAAUGCAAUG